AUGCGCUGGGACUGGCAGGAGCGAGCGCUGCUGUGGUCCAUCCUGGUGGCGGCGUGGGACGCGGCAUGGGGGCAGCUGCGCUACUCGAUUCCCGAGGAGCUGCCCAAGGGCUCGUUCGUGGGCGACAUGGCCAAGGACCUGGGGCUGGAGUUGUCGUCGGUCCGCGACCGCGGUCUUCGCCUGUUGGAGAGAGGUAGGGAGCAGUAUUUCGCCCUGCACGGAAAGACAGGCCAUUUGGUGACGGCGGAGAGGAUAGACAGGGAGCAGCUCUGUGAGAGUGAGCGGCAAUGCUUGCUGCGCUGUGAAGUGAUCGUGGAGGGAGAAAUGAAGGUUUACAAAAUAGAAGUAGAGAUCACGGACAUUAACGACAGCGAGCCCAGUUUCGAAGAGGCAGAAACAGAGCUGAAAAUGAGCGAGUUAACAGCCCAGGGGUCGCGGUUUCCCCUGGCUGAAGCUCACGACCCGGACUUGGGGCCGAAUUCCCUACAGCGCUACGAGCUGAGCGGCGACGAACACUUCUCACUGGCCGUGCAGGCGGGUCCCGGCGGGGAUCAGCGUCCCGAGCUGGUGCUGGCGAAGGCGCUGGACCGGGAGGAGGCUGCAUUUCACGAGCUGGUGCUGAGGGCGAGCGAUGGCGGAGAUCCGGCUCUCACAGGCACGGCUCGGAUCCGCGUGGUCGUGCUGGACGCCAACGACAACGCACCCGUUUUCAGCCAGGCGGAGUACACGGUGCGCGUGCCAGAGGAUGUGCCCGUAGGCUCCGUUCUUGUCGCUGUCACAGCUUCUGACGCCGACGAAGGUCUGAACGGACACCUGAAAUACUCAAUGAAGAAAACAAAGGACAGGACAUCGCAGACAUUCUUUCUAGACGCAGAGACGGGAGAGAUAAUGCUGAUGAAGAACCUGGACUUCGAGGAAGGCGACUCCUACGAAUUGCAAGUGCAGGCACACGACGGUGGGGGCCUUUUCGACACGGCUAAUGUUGGGAUCACGGUGACAGACGUCAACGACAACGCACCCGAAUUGACGAUGUCGUCGUUUCUCAGCGAGAUCUCUGAGGACGCACCUUCGGGAACGGUAAUGGCUUUGCUGCACGUGCAGGACCAUGACUCGGGAGCAAACGGCCAGGUGCGGUGCAGCAUUGCCGAGAGCCUCCCAUUCCGGCUGGAGAAAACCUUUGAUGACUACUACCGCAUAGUGACGGCGGGGGAGCUGGAUCGCGAGAAGGUGUCGGAGUACAACCUGACCGUGCUGGCAGUGGACGGUGGGUCGCCAACGCUGCAGAGCAGCGCGGUGCUGGCACUGCGUGUGCUGGACGUGAACGACAACGCGCCCAUAUUUGCGCAGCCGCUCUACAGCGCCCGGCUGGCCGAGAACAACGCGGCGGGAGCGCUGGUGCUGACGGUGCGGGCGUCCGACGCGGACUGGGGACAGAACGCGCGCGUGCGGUACCGGCUGUCGGAGGGGCGGGUGCGAGGCUCUCCGCUCUCGUCCUACGUGUCGGUGCAGGCGGAGACGGGCGCGCUGUACGCGCUGCGCUCGUUCGACUACGAGGAGGUGCGCGAGGUGCGGCUGUGGGUGUGGGCGGAGGACGGCGGAGCGCCGGCGCUGAGCAGCAACGUGUCAGUGCUGCUGGAGAUCGUGGACGAGAACGACAACGCGCCUCAGGUGCUGUACCCGCCGCAGGCGGCGCUGUCUGCGGCGGUCUCGGGCUGGUCUGGCGUGGAGCUGGCUCCGCGGUCGGCGGAGCCCGGGGCGCUGGUGGCCAAGGUGGUGGCGGUGGACGCGGACGCGGGGCAGAACGCGUGGCUGUCGUACGAGCUGGCCAAGGCGACGGAGCCGGGGCUGUUCCGCGUGGGGCUGCACAGCGGCGAGGUGCGCACGGCGCGCUUCCCGCUGGCCCGCGACGCGGCGCGCCAGAGCCUGGUGGUGGUGGUGAAGGACCACGGGCGGCCGGCGCUGUCGGCCACGGCCACGCUGACGGUGGUGCUGGCCGAGAGCGUGGCCGAGCUGCUCUCGGAGCUGGGCAGCGCGGCGGCGGCGCCGGCCGAGCCGGCCGCCAGCCUCACGCGCUGGCUGGUGCUGGCCGUGGCGGCCGUGUCCUGCCUCUUCUUCGCCUUCCUGCUGCUGCUGCUGGCGCUGCGCCUGCGGCACUGGCGCCGCUCUCGGCUGCUGGAGGCGUCGGGCAGCGCCGCCUUGCGCGGUGUCCCGGCCUCUCACUUCGUGGGUAUAGACGGUGUCCGCGCCUUCCUGCAGUCCUACUCGCACGAGGUGUCGCUCACCGCCGACUCGCGCAAGAGCCAUCUCCGCUUGUCAGCGGGGAGCUGCUGCGAUACCCUUCCGGCCCCGCCGCCACCCGACGAACCUGCACCGCUACUAGGGGAGGACAUUGCAGCCUCCUGCCGCGCGGACCCCGCCGUUCCCCCGGUGACAGAGGAGCCAUCAAGUAAAGAGAUUAUGCUGGACCUUGUCCUGGCCAACAAAGAGGGGCUGGUGGAAAAUGUGAAGCAUGAGGACAGCCAUGGCUGCAGUGACCAUGAAAUGCUGCAGUUUGAGAUACUUACAUGGUAG